AUGGCUACCCCCAGUGUCCUUACCUUUGAUGCUGAGGGCCGUGCUAUUGACUUUGAGGUCUGGGUCGAUGACCUCCAGCUGUUCCUACAGUGCGAUAGGGCAGACGGACUCUCCCUGGACCACUUCCUCUCAGUUUGCCCCACCACACUCACCGUUGACCUCCUCGAGGAGCGCCUCCUAGCAGCAGAGAAGAGCAUAGUCGCUGUAGGAGCCUCUCGUGGUGACCCUCGCACCCCCGUCUUUGAGGGGUGUUCCCCCUCCCCCCUCUUGCCCUCUGUUGCUUCUGCUGCUGCGGCCGACCUCGUUGGUUUCGAGUCGGUUGGCGCUGCGUCUGCCCCUAGCGGGAGACGCCGCACCGGCAAGGGCAAGGGGGGCAAGGGCGCUGGAGGGGCUGGCGGGGGUGGUGGAGGUGGUGGUGGAGGCAGUGGAGGGGGUGGGGGUGGUGGUGGGAGUGGUGGCGGGGGUUACUGA